UGUGGUCGCUUGUCAAAGCCGGACUGAAAUCCACAACCAAAAAAAUGAAAAUUCUGAGAAAUUGAUUGAGGUUGAUUAAUUGAAGAAAGCGAUAUUGCUAUUGGACAAUAAAGAAUAUGGAAAACUGAAAACUGUAAGCAGGGGUUCGUUCAGACAGGGGUUCUGCUACGAAGAAGUUUCAGAGCGGAUAUAACGUCGACACGUCAAAGCUCUGCAGCCUCUGAGCUCCUUCAGUUCAGAAAAAAAUACUUGGGUGUGAGUUGACUCAAUGACGAAAGAUUACAACAGAGAAACUCCUUCACCUGAAGAAACCAUUAUCUUCCUUAGAAAGAUGGAGGUUCCAUCUAAGGCGAGGUGGACCCCAGACAACGUCUCCUCUACCCCAUCAUCUUCAGGGAUGCAGAGGUCCAGUUGCUCCAGUCUGAAGAUGUUCCUGGUUGCCCUGUCCUUUGCCUACUUCUCUAAGGCCUUGUCUGGGAGUUACAUGAAAAGUACGAUAACCCAGCUGGAGAGGAGAUUUGAUAUCCCAAGUUAUUUGAUAGGUGUUAUCGACGGGAGCUUUGAAAUAGGUAACCUAUUGGUGAUAGCCUUUGUGAGUUAUUUUGGUGCCAAGCUUCACCGACCUAAGAUCAUAGCGAUCGGAUGUGUCCUGAUGUCGUUUGGGACGUUCCUCAUCGCCAUGCCUCAUUUUAUUUUAGGACGCUAUAAGUUCCAAUCGUCAGUUAGAGCGUCCAUGAAUUCAACCACUACCUUCGGUCCAUGUCCAGCAAGCUCAGCUGAGUCCACACAGGCAGGUGACAAGGCCUCUAUACUGCCGUCUGUAGGCUGUGAGCAAGAGUCCAGUGUGUCGAUGUGGAUCUAUGUGUUCCUGGGUAAUGUGUUGAGAGGGAUAGGAGAAACUCCUGUACAUCCGCUGGGAAUCUCCUAUAUAGACGACUACGCCAGGUCUGAGAAUGCAGCCCUUUACAUUAGCUGCGUCCAGACCAUAUCAAUCAUAGGUCCUGUCUUUGGCUACUUACUAGGAUCCUUGUGUGCCAAGAUAUAUGUUGACAUAGGAUACGUGAACAUGGAGACUAUCACCAUCACCCCAGGCGAUGCCCGCUGGGUGGGGGCGUGGUGGCUGGGGUACCUCAUAGCCGGGGCUAUCACCCUCAUGUCUGCUGUACCCUUCUGGUUCCUGCCCAAGGCGCUGCCUAUUCCCGUGGAUAAGCAACUUAAUGCCAACUUCACCCCGGAACAGACCCGGUUCAUCAAGGACUCUCCCUCAGCCAUGGAACAUCAGUUUAGACCAGAGGAACCGGCCAACUUCCAUCAAAUGGCUAAAGAAUUUGUUCCAACAUUGAAGAGCCUACUGGGAAGUCCAGUCUAUAUAACCUACCUCUGCGUGACUAUUAUUCAAUUAAACUCUCUCAUCGGCAUGGUAACCUACAAGCCCAAAUACAUUGAGCAACAUUACGGAAAGUCAGCAUCAAAAGCCAACUUCCUAAUGGGCAUGGUCAACAUCCCUGCAGUGGCUCUGGGGAUGUUCUCAGGGGGUGUGGUCAUGAAGAAGUUCAAGCUGGGCGUCAUGGGAGCUGCUAAGUUCGCCUUCGGGACCUCCCUGCUGGGGUACUUCCUGUCCCUCUUCUUCUUCGCCAUGGGCUGUGACAACGCCAAGGUGGCUGGGAUAACCAUGUCGUACACAGGGGUGGAGGGUUUGUCGCACCAGCAGCCAUCUCUGUUCUCUGAGUGUAACUCUGGUUGCCUGUGCUCCGGGACUGACUGGGACCCUGUCUGUGGAGAGAACGGGAUCACUUAUGUGUCCCCCUGUUUGGCUGGCUGUACGUCCUCUACCGGAGCAGGCAAAAACACGGUGUUUAACCAGUGCAGGUGUGUGGCGGUGACAGGGGCAGGUUCUCAGCCCAGUAACCUGACUGCCUCCCUGGGUCACUGUCCAAUCAGAGACAGCUGUGACACAAUGUUCCCCUACUUCCUCUUCUUGUCUGUCAUCACUUCCUUCAUCAUCUCUCUGGGGGGAACGCCAGGCUUCAUGCUUCUCAUCAGGUGCAUUAAGCCUGAGUUUAAAUCCCUUGCUCUUGGAGUCCACACGAUGGCCACCCGGACCCUGGCUGGCAUCCCUGCACCUAUCUACUUCGGAGCCGUCAUAGACACUACCUGUUUAAAGUGGGGAAACACAAAAUGUGGAAGAAGAGGAGCAUGUAGAAUCUACAACACAACAGCCUACAGGGUAGUAUACCUGGGUCUGACUAUGGGCCUGAGGACUGUCUCUUUCUUCCUGUGUAUGCUGGGCUUCGCUCUACUCAGGAGGCACGUCAAGCAGGAAGAGAAUAUAGCAUUGACCAAUGGGAAUGUAGAGAUGGAAUUCGAGUCUCUCAGGAAAGAGGAAAGCAACAGCUCUAUCCACUCUGACCAGUUUGUAAGAGCGCUGGACUGUAACCCUGACAGGGAGACACGGCUUUGAUGGUCCUCAAUAUCUCAACAUAGCUCGACUCCAAGACAGAAUGAAACAGGUGUCGGGGGAGCAAGUUUUGCCUACAUAAAGCUAGUUGUGUUCUCCCCCAAGUGGGUUAACCCUGUUGGAGUAGACUGUGUUUAGCAAGUUAGCCAACAGUCUGAGAAGCCCCUGUUUUCCCUGUCACCGUUCACUACAACGGUAAUCAUUUUUGACAGUACCAUAUAGUAUAACUAUUUUUGGGGUGAAUAUUCAGCAAAUAUUUUUGUGAAAGGUGUCAGUACCCUGCGCUGGUACUCCAUACCAUUGUGUACCUGCUCCCCUGACCCAGUACAUGCCCUGACAUCUCCUUUUACUGUAUUUUUUCCCCCCUGAAUACAAGUGAUUUAGCGAGGAGAGACGACCAUCAAGUAUAUUUGUACUGUACUCCUGUAGAUGAUGUGAAAAUAAAUGGAUGUUUUUUUUGUUUAUAUAGUACCUAGUGAAAGUAUACACACCCCUUGCAGUGUAUUCACAUGUUGCUACAUUACAUUUAUCUAAAAAGGGAUUACAUUAGAUAUUUUCCUUCAGAUCUAUACAACGCCAUAUUUUCAAAAAGUGAACAAAAGUUAUUUCAAAGAUUUGCCUCAUGCAGCUUUCACCAUUUGCCUCAUGCAGCUUGACACAUCUCCUUCGCAUAUAGUUAAUCAUUCCCACUCCUCUUCGAUGGCUGAAUAUUGUCGGGAAUCAGAGCAUCCCAAACAUGCUCAAUGGGUUACAUGUCUGAGUAUGCAGGCCAUAGAAGAACUGGGCCAUUUUCAGCUUCCAGAAAUUGUGUACAUGUCCUUGCAACAUGGGACCGUGAAUGAACAUGCUGAAACAUGAGGUGAUGGCGGCGGACGAAUGGCACGACAAUGGGCCUCAGGAUGUUGUCACUGCAAUUGUGUUGUUUGUCCAUAGUUUAUGCCUGCCCAUACCAUAACCCAACCGGCACCAAUGGGCACUUUGUUCACAAUGUUGGCAUCAGAAAACCGUUCGCCCACCCGACGCCAUACAUGUGGUCUGUGGUUGUAAGGCCUGGUGCACGUACUGCCAACUUCUCUAAAACAACUUUGGAGGUGGCUUAUGGUAGAAAAAUUAAAAUUCACCUCUCUGGCAACAAAUUCUGGUGGACAUUCCUUCAGAAAGCAUGCCAACUGCACGCUCCUUUAACUUGAGACAUCUGUGGCAUCUUGUUGUGUGACAAAACUGCACAUUUUUGAGUGGCCUUUUAUGGUCCCCAGCAUCUGUGUAUCAUGCUGUUUAAUCAGCUUCUUGGUAGGCCACACCUGUGAGGUGGAUGGAUUAUCAUGGCAAAGGAGAAAUGCUCACUAACAGGGAUGUAAACAAAUUUUUGCUCAAGAUUUGAGAGAAAUACACUGUUUGUGCAUAUGGAACAUUUCUUAGAUCUUUUAUUUCAGCUCAUGAAACAUGUUCAGUGUAUAUAUUUACUGAGCUUGAGCCAUUUUUACAACAACAAUAGAUAAAUGUUGCCCUAAGAGUUUGGAAGGUUGGUAGAAUCUUAUUUUUUUAAAUCACUAUAAUCGCUGCUGAGGUAGUGGUAAAGGCUUACACAAUCAAUACAUCCUCAUUUUAUAUUUCUUAGUCAUUUGGAAAAUGAAUUUGUAAUAUUUAUUUCACUUAUAAAUGUGAAGUAGGUUGUGUAGAUCGAUAGGGGGAAACCAUCUGAUUUCAUCCAUUUUUUUUGUAUUUUUAGAACUUCAUACGAUGUGUCGACUGGUGACUGAACAAAAAUACAUUUCUUGAAUUUCAACAUUUGUGUUUUACAAUGCCCUAUUCAUCCCCUCUUGGCGUUUUUCCUAUUUUGUUGCAUUGCAACCUGUAAUUUAAAUUUAAUUGAUUUUUAUUUGGAGUUCAUGUUAAUGGACAUACACAAAAUAGUCCAAAUUGGUGAAGCGAAAUUAAAAAAAAUAAGUUAUUUAAAAAAAGAAAAAAGAAAAAAAAUGGAACAGUGAUGCUACAUAUGUAUUCACCCCCUUUGCUAUGAAGCCCCUAAAUAACGUCUGGUGCAACCAAUUACCUUCACAAGUCACAUAAUUAGUUAGAUUGCACACAGGUGAACUUUAUUUAAGUGUCACGGGAUCUGUCAUACGAUCUCAGUAUAUACAGUGCCUUGCGAAAGUAUUCGGCCCCCUUGAACU